AUGUCAGUGAGCACGACACACGCCACGGGCACGAACAUUGGUUUGGCAGCCAGCGUGGAUACGACAAUGACUUCUGCUUCCAAGUCUGCGGCGAACCAAGGACACGGGGCAGACAUGGUCAUUAAAUUCGAGGGAAUGCCCCAAGCAUAUGCGGAAGGAAGGAAGCGAGCGCCCAUGGAGCUUCUGGAGGAACGUGCGCAUGAACUUGAGCGGUUGAUGGAGCGCUUGCGUGAGGUUGGCCUGUCAUGCAUUUCUCGCGCAGGACCGCGAGUGCGAGGACAAGUGCUGAUCUUUGUACGUUGUCCUGAGCAUCUGUUGCGCCAGAUGCGGCACUCAGAACGGGUGCAUGACUUUUUGCAUGGCGUUGUGACGUCAAGUCGGCUGAAUCAAGACGAAGCGUUCAAACCGGCACAGCGCGUAAGAUAUACGCAAAUACGCAUCGCUGCUCCUUAUAAAGACUCGCCACAGAAACAUCGUGGCGCUGGAGUCUCUCCCAAAUGUGCCGAGUUCCCGCAUGUUAUGGACAUGUUGCCACUACAUGACAAAGAAUUUAAUCGCGCAUGGAUUUCGUCAUGGUCCAAAAUGUCUCUUUCCUCCUUUUUCUAUGGAAUUGGACAACACGAAUUCGAUAAACUACGCGAUCAAUUUGGCGUCGACAUCGCCAUGUAUUUCUCAUUCCUCAACACAUACUUUUUGGCACUUGCGCCCAUCUCGGUGCUCGGUCUGAUUUUUUGGGCAGCGAUCAGACAUACAAUCGCAUGUAUGCGUUCCUGCUAA